UAGGCGGAUUUUCAGAUCGUGGGCGUUACCAUUUUCCCACACUUCUGCUGCAGAGUCCGGGAGCUAGCGCGUGCAGCUGCCGUCCAUUAGCACUAUAACGACACCACGACGGACAGCAACAUUGUCAUCGGCUGCCGAGAAGACCUUUUUUAACAUCGUCAUUCACUGGAUAUAGGAGUCAACACGGUCUCUAGAGCAACAAUGCCUCCCCCGAUGCGCCACCGCUCCAUGCGCGUCUUCAUGAACGAUGACCGCCAUGUCAUGGCCAAACACUCGGUCAUCUACCCGACUCAAGAGGAACUGGAAAACGUACAGAACAUGGUGUCCCACACAGAGCGGGCCCUCAAGGCUGUCUCCGACUGGCUAGACAAGCAGGAGAAGGGAACAACCAAGUCAGAGUCUGAUAGCGCAGAGACGGAUAAGGAAAGUGAGCACAGAGAUCAGGCCACCCGAUCUCUGCGUGGUGUAAUGAGGGUGGGCCUGGUUGCCAAGGGCCUGCUCCUGAAGGGGGACCUGGACCUGGAGCUGGUGCUCCUCUGUAAGGAAAAGCCUACCAUCAAUCUGCUGAAGAAAGUGUCUGAAAACCUUGUUACGCAGCUCAAGACGAUCACAGAAGACAAGUAUGUGGUGACGCAGCACAUCCGCGAGGCCAGCAUCGUCAUCAAGAACGCCAAGGAGCCCCCUCUCACCCUCACCAUUCACCUGACUUCCCCUUUGGUCCGUGAGGAGAUCGAGAGGGCUGCUUCCGGAGAAUCGCUUUCAGUCAACGAUCCCCCGGAUGUUCUGGACAGGCAGAAAUGCCUAACUGCCUUGGCUUCUCUCCGCCACGCUAAGUGGUUCCAGGCUAGAGCUAACGGGCUGCGCUCCUGCGUCAUCGUCAUCAGGAUCCUAAGGGACCUCUGUGCUCGCGUCCCCACGUGGGCUUCGCUUCGUGGCUGGCCACUGGAGCUGAUCUGUGAGAAAGCCAUUGGCACAGGGAACCGGCCCAUGGGGGCAGGAGAAGCUCUGCGGAGAGUGUUAGAGUGUCUGGGUUCAGGAAUCCUCAUGCCAGAUUGUGCUGGAAUCUCUGAUCCGUGUGAGAAGGAACCCACAGAUGCCAUCGGCCACUUGGACCACCAGCAGAGAGAAGACAUCACAGCGAGCGCACAACACGCCUUAAGGCUGUCGGCUUUCGGACAGCUUCACAAAGUGCUUGGAAUGGAUCCCCUUCCCUCAAAGAUGCCCAAGAAACCUCGUAGUGAGACUCCUAUCGAUUACACAGUUCAAAUCCCACCCAGUACGGCGUACGCCCCACCAAUGAAAAGGCCCAUUGAGGAGGAGGAGGGAAUCGAUGACAAGAGUCCGAAUAAGAAGAAGAAAAAGCUGCAGAAGAAAUCUCCAGAGGAGAAGGCAGAGCCUCCCCAGGCCAUGAACGCUCUGAUGAGGCUCAACCAGCUAAAGCCAGGUCUCCAGUACAAACUCAUAUCUCAGACCGGCCCGGUUCACGUUCCCGUCUUCACUAUGGCCGUGGAAGUGGAUGGCAAGACCUUUGAGGCUUCUGGUCCAUCCAAACGCACUGCCAAGCUGCACGUAGCCGUAAAGGUUCUCCAGGACCUGGGCCUGCCCACAGGAGUGGAACUCAAGACCGAGACGGUAAAAUCGGAGGAGGCAGAAGUAGCGGUCACUGUGGAAGAGCUGAAGCCAGUUGUGACGGCCAUCGAAAGUACAGCUACUGCCGCAGGAACAGCCAACGCAGACGCCGCUAACGCUGAGACUGCUCGCCAACAGGGACCAAUCCUCACUAAACACGGCAAGAACCCUGUGAUGGAGCUGAACGAGAAGCGCCGAGGCCUGAAGUACGAGCUCAUCUCGGAGACUGGCGGCAGCCACGACAAACGUUUCGUCAUGGAGGUGGAGAUAGACGGCCAGAAGUUUCAGGGGACGGGAUCCAAUAAGAAGGUGGCCAAGGCGUACGCUGCGCUGGCUGCUUUGGAGCGGCUCUUCCCUGAGGGAUCUAUGGCUGAGGCAGCGAAAAAGAAAAAAGGACCACCCAUGCACACGCCCUGCUUUGGCAUGAUGGGAGCGCCAGGCGCCGCAGACGCUGCCUUGCCCAGGGGUAGAGGGAGAGGCAGAGGAGGGCGUGGAAGGGGCAGAGGCUUCAAUAACGGAGGAGGCUACGGCCAAGGAGGUGGCUUCGGGACAUAUGGUUACGGGAACAAUGCUAACUCCGGAUACAAUUACUACAACAAUGGUGGCACAAAUGGAGGAGCCGGGGUGUCUAGCAGCCCGUCAGGUGGCCCCCCAGCCAGCAUGGCACCAGGAUCGGCUCAGGGCUCCUACGGUUACUACCAGAACGAUGCAGCAGCGUACUCUGCCACUUCGGCCGCCAAAACCAUCAAAAAGAAACCCCCAAUGCACAAGGGAGGGAAGGCCCCCUUUCCAGGGCCACCGGGGGUGAACAGUGGACCUGCAGGGGCGUUCCAGUCCAGCAGCCCCCCAGUGCAGGGCUCAUAUAACCAGUAUGGCCAGGGCUAUGGGCAGGGGAAGAAGAGUUUUAACCAGAACCCAGGGGGAACAGCCGGAUACUCGUACAGCACUGCCUAUCCAAGCCAGGUGACAGGAGGGGCUGGAGGGAGCCAAGAAUACAGUUAUGAAGGUUUCAACAGCCAGUCCAACUACAACUCCCAGGGAGGUGGCACCGGAGGAGGGAGCCAGGGCUUUGGCACCAACCAAUCUCAGUACCACAACCCAGUGGGCUACGGCGGGGGGGGGGACAGCAGCAUGAACUACCAGUACAGAUAAACUCUAAUCGCUCCCCUCUGUGAACCAACCUGUCUCGAGUCUUCUCCAAAGAAAGUGAUUGAAGGCUCACCCGGUACUGAUGGCCAAAUGGAGCUUCUGGAAGCACUUUUUUCAUUAUUCUGAGCCCUCUAUAUGUUUAACAAAAAGGUCUGCACACUGAUCUCAGGACACGCCAGUUCGUAUGCCAUUAUUGGUGUGUGCAAGACGCAUACUCAGGUUGUUUUAGCGCAUUUAUCAACUGCCGUUUGGCCUCCAUUGACUUCCAUUACCUUGCGAUUGCGUGUGAAUUGACGCCAUAGAGAGAAGUAUGAAAGGCCGAAAAUCCAUUAUGUAUGUGUCUUGAUAACGCGGUAAAAUGGCAUACGAAUUGGCGUGUCAUACAUACACCACUUAUUAAGAUCAUUCAGCUGUAUACAGUGUAGACGUACACGCAGAUAGCUCAAAAUGCGUACAGAUAAAACCCAAAACGGAUAAAAAUGUUUACGCAAAGUCAUGAUUUCACAUUGAGGGUUGAAAGCACACUGAGCUGCCAUUUCCUGGAGUGUUUGUCUUCAAACGGAGAGCCAUCUAGUGGGCUCACAAAAUAAAUCAAAUGCUCCAAGAAGCUCCAUGUUGGCCAUCGCUACUUAACCUGUGCUCUCUUUGCCUUUUUCAGCGUUUGCUUCCUAUGUGCUUUUGGGUUUAUGAGUAGCACAUGUGGGCACGAAAUUGAGUCCGGACAUUAAGAGUCGGAGCUGAGUUGCGGCUGAUUUUUAGUGGUUCUGUUUUCAGUGGUCUGGUCAGUGCUUAGUCUCGUGAUUUUAGUUCAUUUUUAUUUUUUUAACUACGCUACCAGUCCUCAUCACUCGAUACGAAGGCGGAUUCUACGAAUGACUCACUCACGAGCUCUGACUUCGGUUUCCUUUCUUAUCAAGAGUUGCGCGGCGACAGCCUGUUUUUCUUUUCUCAUGUUGAAACUAUUAAAAAACAAAAACAAACCAAGGUUGUUGUAAUUUUUUUUUAAU